AUGACGGGAUCGAGUCAGGCGGUUCCAAUUGUCGAACAAGGAGCAGGGAAACAGAAUGAAAGGCAUCAAAGGAGUUUAUCCCUCAACGUUGCUAUCAAAACGGCACUUACGAGGCUAAAGGACACGACAAGACCAAACUCUGAUAACGAGUCCCCUUCGUCUCCUCGAAAAAGCCUCGCAAGCUUUUUCCUCGAUAGAGAUGUCGUAUCCUCCAGUGACGAUUUACCUAGUGAUGACAGUGAUUUCAUGAGCAAGAAACAGCAAAAUCGCCAUGAACGGAAACUCAAGAGAGAAUCCAGGGCUAGAAUUAGCGGGGAGAUAAGCGAGCGAUCGGAAUCGCUCAAGAGGGAGCGUGAUGCGCAAGCGGCGCGAGAAGAAACCGAUGAAAUGAAAGCCCGCUAUGGAGAUUUACCGUUGAUGCAGUCGAAACAGCGUCCACGGCAAAAUCUGAUCAAGUUUGACAAUAUCACGCCUCACUCGAUCGGUCAGGAGGUCACGUUCCGUGCUCGGGUGCAUCAUAUUCGUAACAUGUCUUCGAAACUGGUUUUCGUCAUUUUCAGACAGCAAGUCACCACGAUGCAAGGCGUGCUGGCAGAAAAGCCUGGGGUGAUAUCAACUCUCAUGGUCCAAUGGGUCGAGCGGAUCCGAGUGGGGUCGAUUGUCAAGGUUAGAGGGGUACUCUCCAGCUCUAAGGUCCCUGUUACGGGAUGUACGAUCCAUGACGUGGAGCUCGAUAUCCAAGAGCUUCAUGUAGUUGUUCAUAGGGAGGAUCCCAUCCCGUUCAGUGUUUACGAAGCAGAGCUGUUGAACAAAGAUGCAAAGAAUACUGAUGGACGGCGCAACCACGUCCUGGAUCGGACCCGCCUUUCUAAUCGUAUCCUAGACCUGCGAACCGACACCUCCCAAUCCAUAUUCAGAAUCCAGAGUGCAAUCAGCAAUUUGUUCCGUGCUGCGUUGGACGCUCAGGGAUUCAUUGAGAUUCAUACACCGAAAUUACAGAGCUCAGCCACCGAGUCUGGUGCUAGCGUUUUCGAGGUCAAAUAUUUUACAAGGGAAGCCUUCCUGGCUCAAAGUCCACAACUUGCCAAGCAGAUGGCGAUUGCAGCUGAUUUUGAGCGUGUGUACGAGAUCGGCGCUGUAUUUCGCGCUGAGAACUCAAAUACGCAUCGUCAUCUGACGGAAUAUACGGGCUUGGAUAUCGAGAUGGCGAUAGAGGAGCAUUACCACGAAGCGCUGGAGACUAUCGACUCUGUCCUCAAGGAGAUCUUCAAAGGGAUUUAUGGGCGCUAUCGAAGAGAGGUAGACAUCAUCAAAGGCCAAUUCCCGCAUGAAGACCUGAUAUGGCUAGACGAGACUCCAAUCAUACCGUUCGCGGAGGGAAUAAAACUUCUAAAUGACAGCGGGUGGCGCCAAGAUGGUGAAGAGCUGUCAGUAAACGAAGAUUUGGGGACGCGUGAUGAAAUCCGAUUGGGAGAAUUGAUAAAGGAAAAGUAUCACACAGAUUAUUACAUACUGGAUAAAUUCCCCAAGUCCGCAAGGCCAUUUUAUGCCAUGGAAGAUCCUGAGAACCCGAAUUUCACCAAUUCUUUCGACAUAUUUGUCAGAGGCCAAGAAAUUGUUUCCGGGGGCCAGCGCAUCCACGACGAAAAGAUUCUAGAACAGCGAAUGAAGGAAGCUGGUAUCAACCCAUUAGCAAUGGAAGAGUACUUGGAAGGCUUCCGUUGGGGCGCCCCGCCUCACGCCGGUGCGGGAAUCGGCCUGGAAAGAUUGCUCAUGCUAAUAUUGAAACUUGGAAACAUCCGUCUAGCCUCGCUGUUCCACAGAGACCCAAAGAGCUUUCAAGAUAUGCCAGACACGUCACGAAUCCUCCCUUAUCCUGAAUCUUCCACGCUUGAACCUCCAUGGGAGAAGAAAGGCAAUCAGAAACAUACCGGAAUCGACAAGAAUCGCAAAUUCCAACCCUUGGAUGAACUCAUCGCCAACUAUGGUGACGCAACAUCAACCUCGUGGCCCGACGAGAAAUAUAAGAUCUGGCGGGACUAUACAUCCGGUGCAGCAAUAGCAUACGUCCCCAGCACUCACGGCUUCGCAAUAAUUCCUGGCAAUCCAUUAUGUGAUCCGAGCCAGUACGCCAAAGUAAGCAUCCGCUUUCUCCGCUGGCUCAAAGCAGAAACACACUUGAAGCCCAUCUGGAUCCUCUGUUCCCGGCCAGUCGAAGAAAUCCUAGGUGAGAAGUUGGGCUGGCGAACACUUUCUUGCGUCGGAGAAGCCCGUAUCGAUCCAUCGCGCAAUCAAGCUGCGGCGGACGCCGACAUUUCCAAAAAGAUUCGCCAGGCAGAACGUGAGGGCGUGAAGGUCCACCAUAUCCCAAGCGACCGACCGCUUCCAGAAGAUAUCACUUCGAAAAUCGACGCGCGGAUCAAAGAAUGGCGGGAAAACCGCAAGGGCCCUCAGAUAUAUUUGUCAGGUAUCAAGCCUUGGCGAAGCCCGCGCAAUUACCAGUACUACUAUGCCGCCGACAAAAAUGGAACCGUCUGCUCCUUCGUCGCGUUAGCCAGGCUGGGAGCGAACCACAUGCAGAUCAAAUAUAGUCUGGAUUUCCCUGGCGCACCGUCGGGGUCUAUCGAGUACCUCAUCACUCAUGCCAUUCAAGCUACAGGCAGGUCCGGCGUCAAGUCACUGACGUUUGGCGCGGGAGCGGCUUCAAAUCUAAUACCGGGACAUAACAUGUCUUCGGCCAAAGGAAAAGUGCUCCAGACCACGUAUGAUACCCUCGUCAAACAGUUCGGGCUGAAUCGCAAGACAGAGUUCAGAGCUAAGUUGGGCGCUUUUGAGGAGCCCCUUUUCAUUGCUUACCCACGCCAUGGAAUGGGUUCCAAGGGCAUAAGGGCUAUUUUGAAUUUCUUUGAAGACUGA